AUGUCAGCCAAAACAUCGAAGGUACUGUCGUGGUAUCAGUCAACGGCGGAUAAACGAACAUUACGUAGACAUAAGAUUGGCCCGCCCGAUGUGCACCCACAAGAACCACGACAGGAGGAAGACAAUCUUAGUAAUGAGAGGUUACGAAAGGGAUAUCAGGUGGGCGCAACGCCAUUUGAACACGAAUCUUUGGUGUUCAACAGCCGAUCAGCAAAACUUGACCGGCUUGAUGAGGCCCACGCUAAAUCCACCGCCUUGCUCAAUUUCGUUCUUCACAGAAAAGGUGAAAUCAAUGCCAAUCUUGACAAAGAAAGGAGGAAGAACAGGGAAACUGCAGGCGCCCAAUUUGUUGCUACAAAAACGAAAGAGCGUGCUGUGUGGUUCACUGACCUCGCUCGAGGGAAGGCAUUAUCUCAACUAGCCAAAAAAGUGCCAACCAUAAAGCGCCAAGAUGGUCUGGAAUAUCUAUGUGACUACAGGAUACCGCCUUUUCGAGCUUUGUGGUACCUGAAAGUCACAGCCGCACUCACAGGCAGCUCGAAUACGACCAAACAGAAGAAAUCAAUCAGUGAUCUAUUCUCUGCAGAGUAUAAGGAAAUUUUCGUGAAAGCAAUUAAGGACUUGACUGGUCGGAUGUGGUGCGUGAACGAUCUCUCAACAUGCCCUAUAUAUAAAGAGCGAUGGCUGUACAUAUCAAAUCUGAGCAAAAUAGCUUUUGAGGAUGGCGUAAUAGAACGCCAAGAUUUUUUGAACGAGUUAUGUGACAUAUUCUCUGACUAUUUUGUUCGCAGAGUGAAAAAUGAAGAGAAGCUGCCACAGUUGCGUGUUUAUUUAAUGUUUUUGACACAAUUUCUGCGACAUAUCAACAACAAUCUUAUUCUCGCACGAAGGCUAGCUCACAUGAUUGCUAUGAAGCUCAGACUUUAUAAAAUGGAAUAUGAUGAGCAGAACAAUACUAUAACGAAGGGAGCGGAAGCUUUCAUAGCAUUGACCCAGUGUUCAGCUUAUCGCCCUGUUAUUCACGUUUUGAUAGCAAUUCUUCAAAAUAUUGUUAUUGAUGCGCCUGCUGCUGUGAUUUGGAAUAAAUUCAAGGUUUCAACGACGGAUAAACUUCCUUUCAUUUUGUCCCAACUAUGUGGAUCACCUCUUGAUCUGCUCCCAUGUGCUGUACACGAGCUACCACUCACUCCAGGAAAAGACUCUGAAAGGUUUUCUGAGCUCCUAAAGCUUCGAACGGCGGAAAUAGUGCGCCGAAGUCAAGCAGUUCAAGAUAAAUGGUCUUUCAACCAAAAAGAGCAAUUCGCUUUUGCUAAACUAGUCAAUGGAUGCCUUGAUGUGAUUGGUAUACUCGACUCCACAGAUGUUUUCGAACCAAAUGUAUUAUCGACAGUAACAAAACGGCUGUUCAACUUCCAGUCUGAAAACUGGGCUGAAGACGUCCUAAUAAGGAUGAAGCUCAUGUUGCACUGGGCUGUUACAGCCGAACGCGAAGGGAGUCACAGAGCAGUUAUAGUAACAAAGGUCAUAUAUAAUCAGGUUCUCCAGCAGCAGUCGUACAUGUUUGGCCCAUUUCACAUGCAGGAUAUUAUUCUCAAUUAUUUCUAUACUGAAGCCCCCACAGUCGGAUCAAAAUACUACCACCAAGAAUUUGCGUCACUGGUUACCUUAUUCAUUGAAUUGUCCCGCUUCAAGCUGUUCGUACACGACUGUUUCGUGAAAGAGUUAAUCAAAUCCGGUGAACUGGAUUAUCAGCGGCCUGUUAUGGACAAAUAUAAAAGUGAGAACAAGGCUACAGAUGUGAUAUCGUCUUCCCUCAUUUCAGCUCAGUUCGAGGAUUUAACGCCAGAUGAGCCACCGAAGCCGAGUAGCUUAAUAUCCUUCAGACAGGAUGAAAAGGAUGAGCAUAUCUAUUUGAAUGACCCCAUGUCUGUGAACGAUAGAAUCCUCAUACAGAUGCCACUUCGUCAAACUGAAGAACAUCGUAGCGAAGCAAAUCAGCGCGCACUUGUUUUGUAUGGAAUGGAUGACGUCAGAGAAAAUCACAAGGCUGAAAUGAAAAAGAUUGCCAAGGAAAUAUGCAAAAUUUGGCAGAAAAAGAUAUGUGUUGUCUUUUCGGAAGGUAACGAGGUGCCGUUGUGGAAGCAGUCCAUCAACUCUCAGAAGAUUGUCGAAAUUCUUGCUAGGUUCCGGAGCCAGACUUAUUACGAUCAAAUGAUGAUUUGUGGUUGGUGCGCAGAGUCAUUCUCCGAUAUGAUCCGUGACUUCGUAUUGGGACAUUCACUGCAAAUGCCCACUUCUGAAGGCCUAGAUAUCAUCUGUGGGAUGUUCGAGGCUGCUCAAUACAUUUACGGGAUAUUCGAAUUAUGUGAAGCUGUUACUCCCAUGCUUCUUUCUGCUGAAAAGGUUAUUCGGUCACUAGCAGCAGAUGUUAUUCCCGGAAGUAUGUCUGGACAAUUAGGAUACGUUUUUGUGGCGUAUAUUUCGAGACAUUGGCACUAUUUUCUUCAUUCAGACCUGGCUCCAGUUAUUACGAAUCAGUUAUAUGAACUGAUCGAGCGGAUGAUUCGUGCGCACGAAUAUCCUGUGACAAGUUGGGGUAGGACUAUAGCCGCUUUUGUCUAUCAUUCAAAGUGUCAAUUGAAAAAGAGUCAGCUUUCACCCAUAAAGUUACACGGAGCUCAUGAUGAUUUCCGUCAUGUGUUUAAUCAUGGAAGCUCUUCUUAUAAUGGAGGGUGCCGUUACAAUGCCUUAUUUUUCACAGAUGUUUUCGAGAAGAAACUACGGUUUUUCUCCUAUCAUGAAUACAAAAAGAGGCUUCCCUCUUUCGGGCAACUGUACAAUCGCUACUCUUUUGUCAUCAACUCGUUCAUAGCUGCCAAGAAUUGCAUGCGUGAUCACGACCGCCUAGCCGAUCUUGCAGCAUUCUGCGGACACAUCUCGGCUCAGAUACCCGCACUCGCUGAUGAAUGGGUCGCUGCAAUCAAAGCAUUAUGUUGCACUAGUGUAAGCCAACAUACGGGUUAUGGUGAGCUGCUUGCUCAUAUCGAUAUAAAUGACUGCUCGACUCAUUAUCCGUUGGCCACGUUUGUUUUGUUGCUUGCCGGUAAAUAUGCCUUUAGUGUGCCGCGCCUAAUUGCUGAACUAUUGAACAACGCUUUUCCGGUGGUCAUGAAGAGGGAGCAAAGCUCAUUUGUGUCUGGACGCUACAACGUACUUGGAAGAAGCGAAUAUGAUUGCGAACCUGGUGCAUGCCUCACCCUCCUUAUUUUAGCGCAGAUCAGUUGUGCCACUGAUGAGCCUUACCAUCUAUCGGAGCAUUAUGUGGGAACAAAUCCAAAGGUGAAGUUGCUCCCGAAGUGUGCAGAUGAACACAUAUUGUCGAUGAUCCACUGGUGUGAGAUGGACAGCGUGCUUUUCCCUAUGUUAAGUAACAUUUGCAUCCUUAUGGAUACCUUACGAGGGCGCUUCAAGGAUUUGGAUUUCGAGCCAAGCAGAAUCAUCGAUUCCACAAAUUAUCGAAGAGAGUACCUCAUGAUAUUGCUGAAGGCCACACAAUCAGUUAUUUGUGAGGAAGACUGGGUUACAUUAAAGAUGUUCCGCAUUGUGGAGACAAAUCGAAUGGAGGCGUUCAACCAUGAUCGGCUGAAACAAAACUGCCUUGGUCAACAAUUACUGCGAAUGGGCAUUCGCCGUCGAAGCGAGCGUGAAGUACUGCGCGAAUUAUCCGUCUGCAAUGGGAACUCAAAGAAGGCUCUGAUUGACAAGUUGUUGGCGGUGAUGAACAUGUGGAACAUGAGAGCUACUUUGUUCGACUUGAUGCUUAUGAUCAAAGAAAUUUCACCAGAGGGAGCACAGAAACACGCACAACAGAGCGCAAUAGCGGCUGAUGCUCUCAUGGGGGAAAUUGGAAAAUGUUGUCGGGAUCUGUUCACGAAUGCUCAUAAGGAAGGCAUCCAGUUGCCACCAGCGAUUUUGGGUCGUGAUUUUCGCUUCCGGCAUGUAACCAACUUCUGGCUGAUAGCGUCGUUAGUUCGUCUAUGUCCGCAGCCAAGCAACGUGCCAAAUCAGUUUCACCACAUGACUGUGUCUGGCAAGUUUUUGAAGGAGGCUGCCUCUAUGUUAGAUACGGCUAAUGACAGCUCCAAGGAAAGAAUACAACAGAGUGCAUGGCUUCUUUCUCAACAGCCUUUCCUGAAUUUGGUUCUGGCUUGUUUGAAAGGAGAGAAUUUUCAACCAAAUAAGGACAUGCUUGUGUCAUCACUGUAUAAGCAACUUCUCGAUCUCACGAGUAAGACAAAAGAGAAUCCUGCCCUGCCCCUCAUGAAGAAGUUCUCAGCUGAACGGGAAGCAUUAUUGCUGAGACUGUCGCUUGUGGGUGGCAUCUUCAAACAGGUAUCUGAUAACUAA